ACAAUUUCUUGUCUGUGGGGGGCUUCGCCUCCUUCCUCGUUUCACCCUUGUGCUCGUUUUCUAACGAUUUCCGAGAAAUUUCCCUAAACCAAACCGAUAUAUAUAUAUUAAUAUUGCUACUAAUUAAGCAAAGUGAAUAGUAGCAUAUUAUAUUCAAUGGGAUUUGUGAAGUUUUUGAAGUUCCUCCGUCUCAAGGUGAGGGGGAGGAGGGCGGCGGAGAGGGUCGCGGCCGUUGAUAUUGGCGGAGAAGGAAACGUCGGAGAUGCGAUUUUCUGCAAGUCCGAAGGUGAAGGGGCGAUUUUGUAUGCGUGGGAAGAGAUUAGGAAAUUUACGAUGGAUUUCGCAAGUGUGAUCGGAUAUGGAGGUUUUAGUACUGUUUAUCUUGCUAAACUCUCCGAUUCGUCGACGGCGGCGGUGAAGAUCCAGUUUCGCUGCACACAGCGUUUGAAUGAAGCUUACAAGCAGGAAUUGGAGAUUUUGCUGCGAAUCAACCACCCUUAUAUUGUCAAAUUGCUUGGCUAUUGUGGUGAAGAUAGAGAAGAAGGCACAUUAAUAUUGGAGCACGCAGUGAACGGCAAUCUUCAUGAAAAGCUACAUAAUUCACUCUCAAGCCUCUCUGUUAAGGUCUCAUGGAGGAGAAGGGUGGCCAUAGCCUUCCAGCUCGCCACCGCCGUAGACUAUCUCCACCAAAACUGCAUCAUCCACUGCGACAUCAAAUCUUCCAACAUCUUACUCGACGACCAGCUCAACUGCAAGCUCUGCGAUUUCGGCUCAUCGAAAAUGGGCUUCGCUUCACUAGUAGUCUCUUCAAACUCGAAGAGCCGAGCUGCAAUGCUUGGCUCUCCUGGCUACACCGAUCCUCACUACAUGAGGACCGGGCUCGCCUCCAAGAAGAGCGACGUGUACAGCUUUGGAGUGAUCCUAUUGGAGCUCGUGUCCGGGAUGGAAGCCCUCGACCCGUUGAGCGGGGAGAGGCUGACCGCGAGGGCAGGCCCCGCUCUUCGAGAUAUGGAGAAGGUGGUUGAGAUAGUUGACCCGCGGCUGAAAAGCCGCGGGGAUUUUGACUGGGAAGAGGCUAAGGCAGUGGCUGAGGUGGCGGCCACGUGCCUUAGUGAUUCCCCGGCCCAUCGGCCUUCGAUGUUGGAUGUCUUGACUGCUUUGAGGAAGGAGGUUUCCUCAAUAUCGUGUUUGGUUUGAUGAGA